AGAAUAUCUGCGGUCCCCUCGACUCCAUCUCUCUUUCAUCUUCGUCGAGUCCUUCCUUGAUUUUUGUCAGUCCCUCCCUUCGAAGCCUCUUCUGCGACGCGCACCUGCUGAUCCCCUCUUUCUUGCAGACCAGGCGCUUCCAUACCCCUUCACUACUUCUCACCAUCGACGAUCAACGCGACACAACCGCAACCGCAACCAUCAGCCAUCGAAACAAUGGACUAUUCCAAACUGAAGAACGCCGAGCUCGAGGCUCUCCUCAAGUCGCGCAACCUGCCGCACACCGGCAAGAAGGCCGACAUGGUGACGCGCCUCCAGGACGCUGACAAGAAACCGUCGACCACGCAAGCUUCUGCCGUCUCCGACUCCCUCGCUGCCGAAGACGAGAUCGAUUGGGACGACGACACUACCGAAGCCACCGCUACUGUGACAAAGCCCGCGGCCACGUCUGAACCAGCCACCGCCGCUGUCGCGGCAGGAGGACAGGGUCAGGUCGCAAAUCCCCAGGCUGUCCCGAAUCAAGUCACCGACAUCGAUCCAGCGAAGACCGACGACCUGACCGUCAAACAGCCUGCUGCCGAAGACAAGGGCGCCGAGCCGGCGAGCAAGGAAGCGAAGGCCGAAGAGAAGGUGGAAGAGAAGCCCAAGGUGGACUUCACCAAGGGCUUGGCCAAGACUACGUUGGACGAGGAGAUCGAGAAGCGCAAGAAGCGUGCGGAGAAGUUCGGCAUCCCCCUCGACGACAAUGAAGAACUCAAGAAGCUAGAGCGCGCGAAGAAGUUCAGUGCGACUGAAGGACCGAAGGGCAUCAACGAGGCUCUCCCGGACCGACCUCUUGGCCGCAAGCGAGGACGAGAGGGCGCGGAUGAGGGACGUCGUGGCGAUGACAUCAAGAGGCGUGGAGGCAGAUCUGAUGGGCGCCGCGGCCGAGGACCCAGAGAUGAUGCGCGAGGACCGAGGGAGGGCGGCCGAGGACCUAGGGACAACGAGCGAGGACCCAGAGAUGGCGACCGGAGGCCGAGAAAUGAGAAGAGGGAGAGGAGGGCCAGCCCUGGUGGCGGCCCCGCCUGGAUGAGCGAGGCCGAUAGGGUCAAAGCUGAGGCCAGGAAGGCGAAGUUCGGCGCUCCUACUGCGUCCGCUACUUGAUCACUCUCUACAACAGAAGCAGUGAAGAAGUUUCGAUCUGGGCGGAGGACUGGUCUCUUCCGACAUUCAUCAUCAUACGGUUCAUACGGUUCAUAAGGAACAUGGUACUUUGGGGCGAGGCGUUUUAUCGGACGUGUGGUUUUCAGGAUGUACCACCAGCUCACUAUCGACAGCC